AUGCAUCGAUAUUUUAAAAAAUCAAGGAAUGAUUCAACUUCUAGUUCGAGUAUUGCAACCCCGAAUUCGACUGUGAACCAGGAUGGAAUCAAUGUUGCAAGUUUUGAAGCUAAUUCUGAAAACAUAGUUAGUGACCCGAAUGCGAUUUUGAAUCAAGAAAGAAUCAAUAUUGAAGUUAAUCCGGAAAACAUAGUUAGUGACCCGGGGCUACGGAGUCCUAUUGCUAGUUAUGAUGUUCAAAUAAGGGAUCGCAUUCGAAGAGAAUAUGUCUCUAAGGGGCCUUGUCAACCGAAAGGUCAUGUCUUUAGGAAAACUUCGUAUGGUAAAGAGAAAAGGAGCUUCCAAGCUAAAUGGUUUGAAAAACAUAUAUGGUUGGAAUAUAGUGUUGAAAAAGAAGCGGCAUUUUGUUUUUGGUGUUAUCUUUUCAAGCCUAUUAAUGCCAAUCGUUUUGGAGAUGAUGUAUUCGUGAGUACGGGCUUUAAAAAUUGGAAAAAGGCGCUUGCUAUUUUUAGAGAACAUGAAGGUUCAGCAAAUAGCACACAUGAUCAGGCCAGAAUACUUUUUGAAGGGUUUAAAAAUCAAAGACAAAGUGUUGAUUACAAUUUGAGGAAAUAUGAUAAGGAAGACGAAGUCAACUACCGCAUUCGCUUGACUGCUUCUUUAGAUGUGAUUCGAUUAUUGUUAAGACAGGGAUUGCCAUUUCGUGGGAAUGAUGAAUCAUUUGCGUCUACAAACAAGGGAAACUUUCUAGAGAUACUUAAAUGGUAUUGUGAGCAUAAAGAAGAGGUAGCUGCAGUUACAUUGGAGAACGCUCCACGUAAUAAUCAGAUGACUAGUCCUUUGAUUCAAAAGGAAUUAUCAAAUUGUUGUGCUGUUGAGACUACGAAAGUUAUUUUGGAAGAUAUUGAAAAUCGCAAAUUCUCUCUAUUGGUUGAUGAAGCGCGAGAUUCAUCGAUAAAAGAGCAAAUGGCUUUGGUUAUUAGAUACGUGAACAAUAAUGGAGAGAUUAUAGAAAGAUUCUUAGCCUUGGUACAUGUCACUGAUACUACAGCAAAGUCAUUGAAGGAAGGGAUUGACUCAGUGUUUGCUAAGCAUGCUUUAUCUUUAUCACGGUUAAGAGGUCAAGGCUAUGAUGGUGCAUCAAAUAUGCGGGGUGAGUACAAUGGUCUAAAAACCCUUAUACUGAAUGAAAAUAGAUCUGCGAAGUACAUCCAUUGUUUUGCUCAUCAGCUCCAACUAGUCGUGGUAAAUGUAUUUGGGAAAUCUUGCAAAGAUUUUGGUCGCUACCACAAGAGAUAA